AUGAACUUCAUAUUAGAUUUCACCUAUCCCAAACUGCUAAUCCUCUACUAUCAUUUGAUAGGAAUUUUAUCAGUUUUACUAAACACCCUUGGAAUUUAUCUCCUUCAAACGCAAUGCAAAAAACUUGGCACUUCUCGUUAUUGGUUAUUAUCUUAUCAGGUCCUGUGUUAUAUCACUGAUAUCUUUUUUACCCUUCUAAUGCAACCGGUCCCUUUGUACCCGUUGGUGGCAGUGUAUACUGUAGGAGUACUGUCAGAUUGGUUUGGCAUACCACCUGUGGCUUUGAGUUAUAUCGUUUGUGAUUUGAUUGCUGUGCAGUUUACAUUUCUCGCUGUUUCAUUUAUCAAGAAACAUAGAACUGUGGCAUCGUUAUCCAACUCGUUGGCUUUUCCAAAACAUUCGGAUAUUGUGAUUCUGGUUGCAUUGGUUUUGGGGGUUGUACUGGGAGAUUCUUAUGUGUUAUCAAUGCGUUUAUCCAGAGAGGAUCAGUGGAAACUUGUUAAUGAGCUCGUCCCGCACUACGUCGAUGGUUUCCGAUCGCUUCCCAACUUUGAAAUCUUCCCAAAAACCUCUCAAAUGAACUAUUCCCUAUAUAUCCUAUUAGCAUUUGCAAUUUCCGUUCUCACACCAAUGAUAUUUGUUGUUCUGGAUACAUUUCGAAAAUUGCAUCAAUUGAAACAAAAAAUUGCUAAAGUCAACUAUCAAAGGCACGCCGAAGGAGUGAUCUGUCUGAUAGUACAAGUUGGGACCGCCGGUUUAUCAAUUGCUCCAAUCAUUCGAUUGGGAAUAUCGAUUAUUUUCGAUCAUCCAGAUGCUCAAAAGGUCUCUGAGUUCUGUUUGGCAUGGUUUUCUACCCAUUCUUCGUUUAACAUGAUUGCCUUGCUAAUGUUUUUCCCACCAUACAAGAUGUUUAUCAAGAAACAUACUAAAGGGUGA